AUGGCCGGCAACGACGAAGAGACGAUGGGCUUCUUCUCCCAAGCGCACUCUCACUGGAGAUUCGACACCGACACUGUUGACGUCGACUUCUCCCAAGCUUCUUCUGCACAUGCUGGAGGUACGCACAAAUCUUGCGCCCUGAAGAUGGAUUUGUGCACGGCCUUCCACCAAUUCGCCCCGGCAGCAGAUCCAGCGGUCUUCGCGGAAAAACUGGAAGAAAAGCACGCGGGGGAGGAAGUGCAGGAGCAAGCGGAAGCAGAUCCCAGAACAAUGGCGCGGGAUCAAGCCGAUCGAUGCUGGGGGGUCAUCCCUCCCGGAUCUUCUCUCGGCACAGCAGUCCCUGGCCGUUCUGGAGGUGGCCGGCAGACCUCCACGGGCUACGGCGGCGAUUUCUCUACCGGCCUUCAGUCCCCCAUGUGUUACGCCGGGGACUCCUCUGCCGGUCGUGGCUUCUGCAUGCCACUAGGUGCUUCACUUCCCAGAGGUCGAGGCCGUGGAACGUCCAGAGGUGGAGGUCGUGGCCGCGAGCGUCCAUCAUCAUCCGCAGCAGAUGCAAGCGACGCCGACGACGAUGAAGACAUCGAGGACGAAGAUGAGUGUGGACCUGAUGGAAAGAACAAGUUUGACAAGGCUAGAUGGACAGAACAAAAUACAUUUAUAUUAUGUGAAAUAGCUGUUGAAGAACUUAGGGAUGGAAAUUGUGUGAAAGGAGCUUGGACAACUAGAGGGUACCAGAAUUUGAAGAACAAAUAUUUUGAGAGGGCUGGACUCAAACAUACAACCAAACAAAUUAAAAACAGAUUCACUACGUUGAAGAGAUGGUAUGUUGCUUGGGUUUGGUUGGGCUGCCAAACUGGAAAAGGUUUUCGAGAGAACGGCGAAAUCGCUGCCUCAACUGCAUGGUGGAACCAAAAAAUUUCAGACUCCAAUGAUGAGCAAGAUUCUAGUGGAAAUGAUGGUGACGAUUCAAGUGGAGUUGAUACCUUGGUUGCACUGACCUUGCUGCAGCAAAUGGAGAGGAGAAAGAAUGCUUUGCUUGCCUGCUUGAUUGGUACGUGUCACUUGGACUCUUACUCAAAUAAAGCACCAAGAAGGAUAGCAAUAGAAACUGGAAUUGAGUGGGUAAUGAGAACUCUAGGGAACCCGACUGAUUGUUAUGACACGUUUAGAGUCAGCAGGCCACUAUUUGAGAAGUUACAUAAUGUAGAAAGCAAGAUAUCGGAUAUAGAUUUUGACAAGUGCGACCAUGAUGAAAACUAUGUUCCACUUGCUGUACCAAGAUCUGAAGGAAUCGGUACAAAUGAAAGUGAUAGCGCCGUGAUGAACCUAUUCCGGGAUUGGGUUGCAGAUGGUUUGUGGAGUUUGAAGUAG